AUGGAAGAAUACCCAGAAGAAUUACGAACUCCACCCAUAACACUAACUUCCAUGGUAGGUUGCCCCGAUCUCCACCCUUUAAUUUCCACCUACCUAUUAUCACAACAACCUCCAAUCAACACUUUAGCACUUCCUGAUUUAUCCAAAAUCAACGUCUUCAGCCAGAAGAAAACCGAUCCCGAUUCCGUUAUCGCCGCUUCACCGCCUCCUUUCAUCGUUAACGGCAUCUUGAAACGCGAUUGGCUUCUCAAACACCGUACCAAAAUCCCUUCCGUUGUUGCGGCGCUUUUUCCUUCUAAUAAUGUUUUCGGUGAUCCCUCUCAGUGGCUUCAAGUUUGCUCCGAUCUCGAUUCCAUCAAAAGUGUUAUUCGUGCUAGGAAUAUCAAAUUGGUUGUUGUACUUGUUCACACCAAUGCAAACGACGAGGUUAGUGAAGAUAGAAUGAUUGCGUUAAGGAAACGAGCUGAAUUAGAGGCGAAAUAUGUUGUUAUAUUGAACCCUAAUGAUGAUUCAGAAUUUCAAUCUUCUCUAAACAGGCUGGCGAAUAUAUUUUCGGAAUUAUCGGGUGUGUAUUAUAGAGAAGAAGGAAGAAGGGUUAAACAGAGGAUAGAGAAGAAGAAUGUUAGCGCUGUGGAGUUGAUUGUUCGUUACUGCUUCAAAGUUGCUGUAUAUGCAGAGUUUCGAAGUGACUGGAGUGAAGCAUUGAAAUUUUAUGAGGAGGCCUAUCAUACACUGCGAGAGAUUGUUGGGGUGACAACAAGGUUACCACCUAUACAACGCUUAGUUGAGAUAAAAUCUGUUUCUGAACAAUUGCAUUUCAAGAUAUCAACCUUGUUGCUACAUAGUGGGAAGGUUACAGAAGCUGUGACAUGGUUCCGCCAGCACAAGAGUACAUAUAAAAGGCUUGUUGGUGCUCCAGAAGCAAUACUUGUACACUGGGAGUGGAUGAGUAGACAAUAUUUGGUAUUUGGUGAAUUGUUGGAAACAAGUUCAAAAGCCACUCAAAACUUUCCUCCUGUUCUUUUAGGCUCUUCAUCCAAACCACUGUCAGAGUGGGAAUAUUAUCCUGCUUAUUACUACCAGUUAGCAGCUCACUACUUGAGUGAGAAGAGGUCAGCACUGGAGCUUGCAACCUCAAUGUCAGAAAUUCCCAAUGAGGUUGACAUUGGAGCUGAUUCAGUUGUUCCUUCUGCAUAUGUGGGUCAGUUUGCUCGGUUACUUGAGGAAGGGGAUAAUGUUGAUAUGCUACCUCUCACCGACGAGGGGUACACCCAUUACGCUAUUUCUGAAGGAAAAAGGUUCCGAGAUUCACUUGAAAUAAUUGCUCUUUUAAAAAAAGCUUAUGAAUCUUACAGUGGUAUUAAACUUCAGAGAAUGAGUUCCUUUUGUGGGUUCCAGAUGGCCAAAGAAUAUUUUGCAGAAGGUGAAAUUGGCAAAGCAAAGCAGAUGUUUGAUAAUAUUGCCAGCCUAUACAGAAAAGAGGGAUGGGUAACUUUGUUGUGGGAUGUCUUGGGUUACUUGCGAGAGUGCUCCCGGAAAAAUGGUACAGCUAAAGAUUUUGUGGAGUAUUCCCUUGAAAUGGCCGCACUCCCAAUAUCAUCUGAUACUGGUGUCCAGAGAGACACUGGUCCAGCUGGUCCUGCAAAUAUACUGCAAAGAGAAAUUGUACACAAGGAAGUUUUUGAACUUGUUGGUGAGGCAGUGUUGACAAAAAAUAAAGAUUCUAGUAAUCUGAAGAUUUCUGCAGAAGAGUUAGUUCAGCUUGAGGUUGAUCUUGUGAGUCCACUUAGGUUGGUGAUGUUUGCAUCUGUUGCUUUCCAUGAACAGACAAUCAAGCCUGGAACAUCAACUUCUAUAACAAUUUCACUUCUUUCCCACUUACCCCUCACUGUUGAGGUCGACCGAUUAGAAAUUCAGUUCAACCAAUCUUCUUGUAAUUUCUUCGUAACAAAUGCCCAAAAACAUCACUAUGUAGAAGGUAGUGAUACUCAAAAGCAGAGAACAGAGACAGCACCGUCUAUUUCGCUUGUAUCUAAUAAAUGGCUAAGGUUGACCUAUGACAUCCAAUCUGAUCAAAGUGGAAAACUUGAAUGUCUGUCUGUUAUUGCAAAAAUUGGAUCACACUUAGCAAUUUGCUGCAGAGCUGAAAGUCCUGCUUCAUUGGAUAGCUUACCUCUCUGGACAUUGGAGGAUUAUCCACAAGUUGUUCCAAUAAAAGAUGCAGUUCUUGUGUUCUCUGGCCAGAAGACUACCCAAGUGGAAGAACCAGAUCCACAGGUAGAUCUGUGUCUUGGUGCUUCAGGUCCUGCGCUAAUUGGGGAGGUGUUCCUGGUACCUGUAACAUUGGUCUCCAAAGGCCAUGCUGUCUACUCUGGUGAAUUGAAGAUCAAUCUUGUGGAUGUGAAAGGGGGUGGUUUGUUUAGUCCAAGAGACUCCGAGCCAUAUUCAAUGGAAAGCCAUCAUGUUCAGCUGCUUGGUAUAUCUGGACCAGAAGGAGAAGAUGAUUCUCAAUUAGAUUCAGAUAAAAUAAAGAAAAUACAGCAAUCAUUUGGAUUAAUUUCUGUUCCCUUUAUUAAAAAUGGGGACUCCUGGUCCUGCAAAUUAGAAAUCAAGUGGCACCGACCUAAACCCAUCAUGCUUUAUGUCUCUUUGGGCUAUAAACCAAAUGGCUAUGAACCAAAUAAUGCACAGACUGUCCAUGUCCACAAGAACUUGCAAAUUGAAGGGAACAAUGCUAUUGUUAUUAACCACCAUUAUUUGAUGCCAUUCAGACGAGACCCAUUGUUACUCUCCAAGAACAAAGAAGCCUCAGAGUCUGAUCAGCCAGAACCACUGCCCUCGAACCAAAACACUAUUCUCGUCGUUAGUGCAAAGAACUGCACUGAAGUUCCACUAAGGUUGAAAUCCAUAUCCAUAGAGGAAGAGGAUGGUGUUGAAAGGACGUGCUCUAUACAACAUGGAAAUGAAGAGCUUUCAGACCCUGCUCUUCUUGUUCCCGGAGAAGAGUUCAAGAAAGUAUUUUCAGUCAGUUCGAAUAUAAACAUUUCAAAGCUCAGACUAGGAACUGCGUGUUUGAAAUGGAGAAGAGACUUCGGGGUUGAAGAGAAAUCUGCUUCUACCGCAAUAUUGUCUUCUUGGGUUGUGACUAAACAAAAGCUGCCGGAUAUGAAUGUGGAGUUACCACCAUUGAUUGUGAGUUUGGAAUGCCCUCCUUAUGCAAUCUUGGGAGAUCCCUUCACAUACUAUAUCAGAAUUUUGAAUCAGACACAGUUGCUUCAAGAAAUCAAAUACUCAUUGGCAGAUGCCCAAAGUUUUGUGCUAUGUGGGUAUCAUAAUGACACUGUAUAUGUUCUUCCAAAAUCAGAACACAUUGUCAGUUAUAAACUUGUCCCACUUGCCUCAGGCAUGCAACAGUUACCUAGAUUUUCAAUGACUUCUGUGAGAUAUUCAGCAGCCUAUCAGCCUUCAAACUCUUCAAAUACUGUUUUUGUUUUCCCUUCCAAACCUCAUUUCAAGACUGCAGCCUCACCAAUCUUUAGGGUGGAGGAGUCUGUAGCUAAUGAAUAA